AUGAGCUCUGUUGCUACGACGAGCUAUGAAGAGGUUUUUGGAUAUAGUAUGGAGAAGAGGAUUGUGCCGAGGUGUAAUGUAAUCGAAGCUCUCUUGUCUAGAGGAUUGCUUGGAAGUAAAGUCCCUGCAAUGUCGUCUGUUUUGGUGUGUACAGAUCAGAGUUUCUUGAAAAAGUACGUGAAGAAGCACGACGAUGAUAAGCACCUCGUGCUUGUGUUGAUGGAUGUCUUCAACGGAGAGACGAGAACAUAG